AUGUCACCAUAUCGGUUGGUGUAUGGGAAGCCUUGCCAUCUACCGGUAGAGCUAGAGCAUAAGGCUUGGUGGGCUGUAAGGAAGUGUAACAUGGACAUGGUUGCUGUAGGACAACAACGAAUGCUUCAAUUGCAUGAGCUAGAAGAAAUACGCAAUGAAGCAUAUGAGAGCUCGAGAAUCUACAAGGAGAAAACCAAAGCUUUUCAUAACAAACAUAUUCUUUGGAAGAGUUUUGUGGAAGGUCAGAAAGUUCUCAUGUAUCACUCUCGCCUUAAACUUUUUCCUGGGAAGUUGAAGUCUCGCUGGUUAGGUCCAUUCAUUGUUACCAAGGUUUAUCCUCAUGGAGCGGUCGAAGUUGUAAGUCCAAGUACUGGAAAUUCAUUCAAGGUGAAUGGUCAGAGAUUAAAGCCAUAUUAUGAAUCAAUGGAGAAAGAACAAGCUGUUGUGAUUCACCUCAUUUACUCGAUAUAUGUUGAUGAAUGA